AUGCCGUUCCAACAGGGCAAACUCGACGGGCAUUUCGUGGAGAGGGCUAAGAAGCUGGGCUGGCUCUACUUGGAUGGAGUGCGCUUCAUCCUGGAGACAGGUGUGCCCAUCCAGGUUGCAGAGGCUCUUACAGUUGGGCGCAAGAAGGAAAAGAAGAGCAAGAUCCUCACAGAGGAUUUCGAUAACAGCGGCGCGGUCGCCCUGAAGCAAGGAAGCAUCGUAUGUUUGGAAGGGGCCUUACGUUGGACAGCAGAGAACCCUCCUCAUCCACGCAGAGCUCUAGGCUUCCUUCCGCAAGGCCACUGGCCAGAGCGCCGCGAGGUCUUCUUCACCCGUGGCCACAUGUUUGCAGAGGUGGAGCGGUGCCGGGUCGACAUUGAUUGCCACGGCCGUAUCUUCUGCCCGGAGGGAGGUGCAGAACACGGUCAUGUCAAUCUCAGCGGAAUAAUCUUCAAGGCAUCAGCCAAUGACACGCCACAUCCUGCAGAAUCCAAUGACUGGGACGAUCUUGCUGUCCAAUACAGCUCUGUCAAGGAUGUCGCGCCGCGAGGCACGCGAAAAGUCAAUGAGCAUAACCUGGAUGAUAUCAUGGGGGCGCUGUGGAACAGAAAGAUGAAGCGGGUGCUGGACGAGAUGGGCGUCAAAAGCCCACACCUCCUAUUUCAGUUAUCCUUGCCAAAGCUGCAGAAGGUGUUGAAAGAGUUGGCGAGCCACGACGCAGCUUUACAGGCAAGGGAGGAGACAGAACUGGAGAAGCGCCACAUGGGGCUGGCUGAAGUAUGGGAGACCAGCAAGCAUGGAAAUCUGCAUGUCAAGCACCUGAAGGAUGCCGCAGACGAGAUUGUAGAGCAGAUGGUAGCAAGAUGGGACUUCGAUGCUCAGAUGCAGGGGCUCCUGAACAACGACUUCCGGGCUCCUCUGUCAAUCAGGCAUCUGUACCCACCUCGCCAUGGGAAAGAGCUGAUGACGAUCCUGAAAGAUUUUUCGAAUGACGAGACCGCAAAGUUUAAUGAGACCUACCAAUUCUUCAGGAAUUUCGAAACAAAUGGCAAUACGAUGACCCACUGCAGCCUCAUGGGCACGAAGGACCACUUUACAGAUACUGGCAAAUGGCACUUCCCUGACAGUCCCAACGUUCAGACACAGCUGUUUGAGAAUAUCGCAUGGCUCUAUGGCAAGGGGAUCUUCCACUACAUCUCCGAACGGCAGACGCCCCGCUUCCCGUUCAUCGAGGACUUUGACAUACAAGCUGAGACAGACUACACUGCGAAGGACCCCAGGACAGGUCUACCGCCUCCUCCAGACAGCCUAAUAAUGGACUUCCCAUCGUCGCAUAAUCAUGAUCCGGGUCAGCUCAUGAAAUGGCGGGCCUUGGCCAUUCACUGCCUAUUUCCACAUCUUAUGUCACUGCGAUGCCUGGUCUACUCUGCGUCGGGCUACAACAAGGGCAAGGAGCUGAUGAAGUCCUCUUUCCACUUAGUCUGGCCGGAUUUGAUCGUGGACCCGGAUACCGCCGCAAAGCUUCGGGAGGUGACCUUGCAGAUGUUCACUGAACAGUCAAAGAAAACAGGCACAUACCUGCAUGACCUCUUGAAGAAGCUUUUUGCACUGCACGAAACCAAUGACUGGCUCAAUGUUUUCGACAAGACUACAAUCAGUGCAACGAAUGGUCUGCGUCUGCCUUACAACGACAAGGUAUCCCAGGUCUACAGAGAUCCGGAAGACAAGGAGAGGGUCAAAAGAGGGGAGAUAGCCAAAAACAAGGCGCCCAAGGUGAGGGUGAAAGAAAACCGGUAUUCGAAGGCAAUCGGAGAGAUACUCUUCAUUUUCGACAAGGAUGAUGCCGGCAAGUCCAAAAUCUCCUCAGCCAAAUGGCAAAACACCUCUGACAGAUCCAUCGCCAAAUGGAUUCAGAUGGGAUCAUGUCGACUGGACAUGACUGACGCUGAGAGGACUCAGCCGACGAAGGUGUGCCCAAGUGCGGAAGGCCGACGACUUCUACGGAACCUCAAGAGGCAGUAUGACAAUGAUGGCCGCGAUUUCGGCCUGGAUAUCGGUUCAGAUGAUGAGGAGUUCGCGACGCACACGCCUUUUCCGAACAUCAGACGGUGCAAGCUCUCACCACAAGAGUUCGCGCAGCAAUUCGACGAACAUCUCUAUGGCGAACUGGAAAACCUGGAGUCUGAAAUCAGCACCUACAACAAGGAUCUGGCAAGGAAGCUUAAGGGAGCUUGGAUCAGCAUCACCGACACGCAAGCCAUUUGGAGGGGCCCUGGUGGGGAUGCCCACUGCGCAAAGUCAUAUGGUUGGAUGCCUCGCUGGAAGCUCUAUUCCCAUCCAUCUGCGCCUAUGCGAGCGAGCAGACCUUUGGAGUUAGUCUAUCUGGCGGCGGCGGACGUUGGAGACGAAGGGAAGAUCAUCGUAGAUGGCCCCAAGGAUGCGAAGCGCCUGGUACUGGAUAUCCUCAGGUACUGCCAAACUGACUUUGAUGAUGUGCCUAUGGUCUCACGCUACGACCUCACGAAGGUGUCGGAAGGGCCGAGCGCUGAUGAGCUGAAAGCACAGCUCGAGGAAGUGAAGCAGCGCAGCGAGACCCAGCGUCAAGAGAUGGAGCAGCAGCAAGAGGAGAGCACGAGGCUUACAAAAGAUUUGCAAGCCCAGCUGGAAGCUCUUUCGCAGAGUGCCAAAGACAAGCAGCAAGCGGAGGAGGAAGUUUCAAGGAUCAAUGCUCUCCUACAGUCCGAGAAGGCACAGAGAGAAGAGAUCCUCAUCAACAAGCAGAAGGCAGAUGAUGUCAUUGAGCAGAUGCGAAAGGAGGCCUCCGACAUCAAUAAGACUUCAAGUGAAGAACGAAGCAAGCUUCUCGAAGAGAAGGCUAACCUCGAGGACAAGAUGAAGAAAGACUUGGAGGAUCUGCGUGCAGAGCUCCAGCGAGAAAAAGACAGUGCUCGUGAAGCAAAAGAG